AUGGCUUCUCCGCUUCUUCGCUCAAGACCCGUCAACGAUCAUUAUGUGCCAACCGUCCUAGGACUAGGACCCUUUUUAAUUUUUUCCGCAGGUCCGUCCAAGUCAGCACAAGAAGAACCUGUUCCGUUACUGACCGAGGACAACUUAUUGCAUCCGUUCUCGAAAUCUCCAUUUCCUGCAAUACGCGCUCGCGGAGAAGCUAUACAGUCACUGGCCAAAUGUCCAGUGUGCACUUCAGGUCAUUGCAGCACUCAUGUACAUACAAAAUCGCAGUCCCCCGCAGUAAAAUUUGAAUGCCCCGACUGUGGUUUCCCGACUCAUUGCUCACAGGAGCAUUGGAUAGCUGAUCAAGAGCACAAAAAAUACUGCUCUAGACUUCGAGAGGUUAACGAGGAUGACCAUGAUCUUCGAAGUGGUCGAAAGUUUCGUGAAUUUGAGAUGCCCGGUGCGCUUACUGAGGAGGCUAUAUCAUUCGCGAAUUGGGACGUCUUUUGGUAUACACGCGGAUUCCCCUCCAUGGACACGGAACGUUCAAGAAGACAUGCCAGCAAAAUUCUUACCUAUCCACUCACUAUUGGUUCUAUUCUUCAUCAAAAUAGUGGACUGACUUUAAGCAACCAAAGAGUUACACCUGAAGGAAGUCGCUCACUAGCAGCACCUGAUACAGAGGAGGCUGGUGCCUCAAAACCUCAGAUGCGCAUAUUCAUCCUCGGCGCUCGCGCUGAGUCCUCUUUGCCGCCACAUGCUUGGGAGCAACUUUGCAUGUUGUUCCCAUCCUGUCAUUUCCACCUUUUCUUUAUUGGACCACAAGUCUCCCUGCAAAUGAAUCCGCAAGCGAAAGAGGAUACUAUCACCAACCAAUCUGCGGCAGAAAAUGUAUCCACGACGCACACGUCCACCGACACUUCCAGGCAGCUGGAGGAGGAUAAACCUGUUUAUGUGCCGAACCGCACGCGAUCAUCAGUCGAACUCUACGGCAUUCCGUCUUACACCGUCCCUUAUACCCCUCAGCUCACCAUUACUGGUCUUCAAGCGAACUAUGCUGAAGUUCACGCACAGUUUCAGGAUACCUUUGAUCCCUACACGGACGCCUUCUUCUUGUUCUCCCCUGGUUUUGGUUUCCCGUCCCCUAACUCUGUAUCCGAAUUAGAUGGCAAGCCCUACCUGCAAAUUGCUUCCCCAACAGAAUGGGGCCCCGUCGUACCAGCCUUACUCGCAACCCGUUGUGCCAUCUACGUAACAGGUUUUUCCCCUGCAGACGUCGAGAGAGAUAUUCGUUCCAUCGAGACUGCACCAGAUGUUGCUGGUGAGUUCGAGUGGGUGAUUACUCCGGGCGAGAAUGCAUUUGGGAGCGAAAAAUGGGAGGUCGCAGACUUUGACCCCAGAGUCAUGGUGAAGACGAACUGGGGUGUUUGGGGCAUCAGGGGCAAGGGCCGAGAAGUGAGGGAGCGUAGCUCUUUCAGCUUAUUCUAG